AUGUCUCAGCCACAAUCCCUCCCAACAAACUCCGCCCUAACCCUUUCUCUCCUCACCUCCCUCGGCGGCGUAAUCGGCUACGCCCGCACAGGCUCCAUCCCCUCCAUCGCAGCAGGCCUCUCCGUUGGCGCGCUCUACAUGUACAGCUACUCGCGGCUGCGGAACGGCGAUACACUCGGCGAAGAACUUAGUUUGUUGGCGUCGGUGGUGUUGGGUGGUAGCUCGGUGCCCAGGGCGAUUAAGACGGGAGGUAAGAUGGUGCCGGUUGGGUUGAGUAUUUUGGCGACGUAUGGUGUGGUGGUUUUUGGGAAGGAGGUUUUGGGGAAGAGGGCUUGA